GCCCCAAGCCUGUUGCGGGUGAGGGAGAGCCCGUCCCGCCCCGCGGAGGGCGCCUCUCCUCUCGGCUCGGGUCUAUGGAGGAAAAACCGCGCUGGCCCUGCGAUUCCCAUGGCCGCAGUCGCCUGCAGCACCAAGGCCAUGUCUCUCUUCAAGAGGACUUUGGUGCUGAGUCCCGGCGCGGCACCCAGGGGCGCGGGCACCCCCUCGCGCGGCUGCCCCUUGCCUCCCGCCGCCUGGCCGUCCAAGGACCGGCCGCGGGGAGAGGGCGUGUGCGGCCGGCUGCGGAGCUCCGCGGUAGCCGGCCGCUCGCCCCAGCCCCACUCCAGCACCUCCGCCUCUCCCACCGCCGUGUGUCUCCUCUCGCCGCAGGACUCGCUCAGCAGCAGCUUGAAAACUUGCUACAAGUACCUGAAUCAGACCAGUCGCAGUUUCGCAGCUGUUAUCCAGGCGCUGGAUGGAGAAAUGCGCCACGCAGUAUGCAUAUUUUAUCUGGUUCUCCGAGCUUUGGACACGCUGGAAGAUGACAUGACCAUCAGCAUAGAAAGAAAAGUGCCACUGCUACACAACUUCCACUCAUACCUCUAUGAGCCUGACUGGCGGUUCACGGAGAGCAAGGAAAAGGACCGGCAAGUCCUGGAGGACUUUCCAACGAUCUCCCUGGAGUUUCGAAAUCUGGCUAAGAAAUAUCAAACAGUGAUUGUUGACGUUUGCCAGAAGAUGGGCUUUGGGAUGGCAGAGUUUCUGGAUAAGCGCGUGACGUCUGAACGGGAGUGGGACAAGUACUGUCACUAUGUUGCUGGGCUAGUGGGAAUUGGCCUCUCCCGUCUCUUCUCGGCCUCAGAGUUAGAAGACCCCUUAAUUGGUGAAGACACAGAGCGAGCCAACUCUAUGGGCCUUUUCCUGCAGAAAACAAACAUCAUCCGUGAUUAUCUGGAAGACCAGCGAGAAGGAAGAGAGUUUUGGCCUCAGGAGACUUGGAGCAAGUAUGUGAAGAAGCUGGGUGACUUUGCUAAGCCAGAGAACAUCGACUUCGCUGUGCAGUGUCUGAACGAACUCAUCACCAACGCACUGCACCACAUCCCCGACGUCAUCACCUACCUGUCACGACUUAGAAACCAGAGUAUAUUUAACUUCUGUGCUAUUCCACAGGUCAUGGCCAUUGCUACUUUGGCUGCCUGUUACAAUAAUCAGCAGGUGUUCAAGGGGGUGGUGAAGAUUCGGAAAGGGCAAGCGGUCACCCUGAUGAUGGAUGCCACCAACAUGCCAGCUGUAAAAGCCAUAAUACACCAGUACAUGGAAGAGAUUUAUCACAGAAUUCCCACCUCUGACCCCUGCUCCACUAAAACACGGCAGAUCAUCUCCACCAUCAGGACACAGAAUCUCCCCAACUGUCAGCUGGUCUCACGGAGCCACUACUCGCCCAUCUACCUGUCAUUCGUCAUGCUCCUGGCGGCCCUGAGCUGGCAGUACCUGAGCACCCUGUCCCAGGUCACAGAGGACUACGUUCAGACGGGGGAGCACUGACUGGCUGGGUCUGGAGACGGAGCGCCCCUCCUCCCCAGCCCCCAUCUGGGAAACAGACUGACCUUCUCUUCAAGGAUGGAUGUGGGCUCCUUCUCUUUUUUCCCCUCCUGUUUUAAUCCCUCAAAGAGUUCUGUGGGCCUGGACCUUUAGAAACUGUGACCUGUGGUGGAGAAAAAGAUAGGAUUAAAGGGAAAGGACACCUUAGCCACCUGUACUCACCUGUGCAGGGUUCACGGCUGCCAUCAGGGAAGGGGCUGCAUCCGGGCGUGCAGAGGAGAUCACAGUGUGAAUACAGCCUAGAGUUACAAUUAAAUGUAUUUAAUGCAAAACAACUUUUGAAUACCUGUCGCAGUAGAAAGUGAAGUUAAUUUUUUUUCCAUUCGCUUUUUUCUUUUUCAUCGUUUUGUUUCUUCCAGUGGACUUGAAUGUAGCAGGUGUGAAUAUCUGUAGAGUUCUAGGAAAUAUUCCUAAGAAUGCAGACUGUCCGCUGCACGUGAAGCCUGGGAGGCAACUUCUGGGGAAGUUGGCAUCAUUUCCUCGUUUAAAGGGAGUUUAGGUUUCAGGAUUGCCGUUGGUCCCUUCGUAGCAGGUAAGUUUCUAGUUGAAGCUAACGUUUUUGAGAUUUUUAUAAUAAAGAACUGAAUUAUUCAGCGUUUGUCAAGAGUAGUUCACUUGAAGCCUGGACAGGCGUGGCAGGUGUGGAACUCCAGGUAAGGAGUUGGUGGUUGAGGCACGGUGGCAGGCUGCUGUCCCCAGAAAGCUGGAACCACCCAGCUGCCCAGCUCCACACUGUUCUGCCAGGAAGGGAGCAAGGGUGUCCCUUCCACUGGCCUGCUGUGCUUCUGGCCAGUUCUGUUAGCUGUGUUCAGACAUUUGAUUGAAUUCAGAGGUUAUUUUCAGCUUUGCGCUUUUUUUGUUUCUCAAGAAAGGCAGAUGUUUUUCUGGUGACUGGCUUGAAUGCCGAGUGGCACUUAGCCCCAUUCCCCCAGCACAAUGGUCUGUCUCCCUUUUCCCCCAGGCACUGCUGAGGUUUGGGCCGUGCCCACCCAGUGACUCCCUGAGGCUCAGCACAGAGCCUGAGAAUCCCUGUCGCAGGGCAUGAUAGAACUUUCCAGAAGUCGGGCUCUUGGUGUAUAUAGUGCACAGUCUAUUUUGCUUCGGCUCUUUAUGUAGUGAGUCACCGAAAGAGGUUUGUUCCAGCAAUAACUGGGUUCACACUGCUCCACUCAUACCCACACUGAUUCUGGUCGUGUGGCUGCUGCUGGCCAUCUGAUAACAGACUGAUGGUUAGUUUGACAAUAGACUUGGGGUUCUUGGAGGUUUCAGGUCCUCAGUUUAUUUGAGACUAAAACCAGUCACCACACUGACCCAAAGUUACUUGCCACUUGGGAGCACGGCUCUAAGCCAGACUCAACAGAUUUUCCAAGUAUUUGUAAUUUAAGCAUCAAAACUUAGUCUUGAUAUUCCAAGGUAGGUUGUUAAGAUUUGUAUGUUGAAACCUAUUAGUUCUGCUAAAGUUCACAUCAGACACAGGACAAGCUGGUGGCAAACCUUGGUCUGAGGAUGCACUGGAAGAUUCUCUCCUCGCUCAGCCGUGGUCUGUGGGGCUUUCUGAACCUCUAGGUGGUGUGGGUCCCUCCCAGCUGUAAAGCUGUUGGGGGUCUUGGCCCUGGUACGCACUCCUAAGCUCUUUGGAAGAACAUUUGCCUUCUAAAUGUUUCUCUACUAUUGAUAUAAUUGCCAGAUAAAUACAGGAUGUACAGUUAAAUUUGAA